AUGCACAACAUAGUUGAGAUUGGGGAUAACAGAAAGAGGAAGUCAAACACAGUCACUGACUACAACACCAUAAAGUGUGGCGUGGACAUUAUGAACCAGAAGGUUCGACAGUACACCGUAUGGGCAGGAACACGGCGAUGGCCAGUCGCUGUGUUUUACAACUUUAUUGACAUGGCAGCAAUGAAUGCUCAUGUGCUGUAUCAUGUAUGCACUGGAGUGAAGCAGAGAAGGGUGGAUUUCCUGGCGCAGCUUGCAACUGAGCUUGCUGAGCAGUUUAUGCGAGAAAGGAUGGUGGACAAGGAGCAGCUGCUUUGGCAACAACCUGCCACACCACACCCAGGGAAAAGGGCCAAGUGUCAGGUGACCUUCCAGUGCAAGAAAAAUAAUGCAACCUUACGCUGUGUAGCCUGCUUCAAGUACACAUCUCAGACUUACUGCAGAGAGAAAUACACUGAUCUCGCCUCCAUCAACAAUUUGAAAGAGAUGAUGAAGCUGAGAAACACACUGAAGAUGGAAACUGCAAAUCAAGCUUGGAUCGGUCUACAGAGGGGAAAAACUUUCUACAGAGAUGGAGACACUUACAGAAACUGGAAAAAGAAGGACACAAACACCAAAAGCUACAUAUCGAUUAAUAAACACAAGACUUGGCGUGAUGCUCAGACCUACUGCAGACAGAACUACCUUGACCUGGUCAGUGUGAGGAACCAAAAUCAGAAUGAGAAGAUCAGGAAUAUCAUUAAAAAUUCUUCUUCUUCUGGCUUUUGGAUUGGUCUGUUUAAUGACUCCUGGAUGUGGUCAGAUCAGAGUAAUUCCUCAUUCAGAUACUGGAGCUCUAACAAACCCAGUAAAGAUUUGAACUAUACUGCAGUGAAUGUGUCUGAUCAACUCUACUGGAGUGAUGUGAUCUGUACAGAAAAAUUCCCAUUAAUCUGUAAUAAGAAAAAACUGAUCCUGAUCAAGCAGAACCUGACCUGGUGGGAAGCUCUGAAUUACGAGCACGUGUGGCUCGGACUACGUUAUGACUGCAUCCAGCGUAUCUGGUUUUGGGUUUUUGGAUCAAUGAUCUGCUACCAGGACUGGGCACCGGGGAACAGGAUGUGGAAUACAGACUGCAGCCAAGAGAAGAGAAGUGGAGCAGUGCAGUCUGGAGAAAAACAGCAGUGGAUCGACCUGCCUGAGAGCUCUCAACUCCACUUCAUCUGCUCUACGAUGCCUGGCCACUCCCAGCUCAAUCUGGGCACGGCCUCAGGCGGGAGUUCUCGCUGA